AUGCAACAAGUAACGCUUCAUUCAGGACAGAGAGUUCCCUGGGCGCAAUGUCAUGCCGAUCUCUCGUCGGCAGACGAGAGGAGGGUGUCCUAUAAGACGGUUUCAAUGCCCCGCGGGACGUACAGCAUACUUCGAGCACAUAUGAAGCGUGAUUCUCUUACACCAUCGACCUUGUUGCCAUCAUCUAUGACUUCGCUUGUCUCGAUGACAAGUGCAGCCUCAUGCACUGCGUCCUCAAAAUCGCCUUCAUAA